UCCCAAAAAUAAAAGAAAGUCUCAGUCGAAAACACUCGUUUCGUUACAGCGAUCCGACUUUCAGAGAAAAAACCCAUAGACUUCUCCGAAGAAAGAGAGAGAUAAGAGUUGAGGACGCGAGAUGGCUGGCUCGUGGAGAGCACGCGGCUCUUUGGUGGUUCUAGCGAUAGUCUUGUCCGGAUGUCUCUUUGCAAUUUCGAUUGCAAAGGAGGAAGCCGCGAAAUUGGGGACAGUCAUUGGAAUUGAUCUUGGUACGACUUAUUCUUGUGUUGGUGUAUACAAGAACGGUCAUGUUGAAAUUAUAGCUAAUGACCAAGGAAACCGUAUUACACCAUCAUGGGUGGCUUUCACUGACAGCGAGAGGCUGAUUGGUGAGGCUGCUAAGAAUCAGGCAGCCGUUAACGCAGAGAGAACCAUCUUUGAUGUCAAGAGACUUAUUGGCAGAAAGUUUGAGGAUAAGGAGGUCCAGAGGGACAUGAAACUUGUUCCAUAUAAGAUUGUGAACAAGGAUGGAAAACCUUAUAUUCAAGUAAAGAUUAAGGAUGGAGAGACCAAGGUCUUCAGUCCUGAGGAGAUCAGUGCUAUGGUUUUGACUAAGAUGAAGGAAACAGCCGAAGCUUUCCUUGGGAAGAAAAUCAAGGAUGCAGUGGUCACUGUUCCAGCUUACUUCAAUGAUGCCCAGAGGCAGGCCACCAAGGAUGCAGGCAUUAUUGCUGGGCUCAAUGUGGCAAGAAUUAUCAAUGAACCAACUGCAGCUGCCAUUGCCUAUGGUUUGGACAAGAAGGGUGGAGAGAAAAACAUUCUUGUCUUUGACCUUGGUGGUGGUACAUUUGAUGUCAGUAUCUUGACAAUAGACAAUGGUGUGUUUGAGGUUCUUUCCACAAAUGGAGACACUCAUUUGGGAGGUGAGGAUUUUGACCAGAGGGUUAUGGAGUACUUUAUUAAAUUGAUCAAGAAAAAGCAUGGAAAAGAUAUCAGCAAGGACAAUAGAGCUCUUGGGAAGCUUAGGAGGGAAGCUGAGCGUGCCAAGAGAGCUCUUAGCAGCCAGCACCAGGUCCGUGUGGAGAUUGAAUCACUUUUUGAUGGUAUAGAUUUCUCUGAGCCACUGACCAGGGCUCGCUUUGAGGAGUUGAACAAUGACCUGUUCAGAAAGACCAUGGGACCUGUGAAGAAGGCAAUGGAAGAUGCUGGUUUGGAGAAGCAUCAAAUCGAUGAGAUUGUUCUUGUUGGUGGAAGCACUAGAAUUCCAAAGGUUCAACAACUCCUUAAGGACUACUUUGAUGGGAAGGAGCCCAACAAGGGUGUUAAUCCAGAUGAAGCGGUUGCUUUCGGUGCUGCAGUACAAGGAGGCAUCUUGAGUGGAGAGGGUGGUGAUGAAACCAAAGAUAUUCUUCUCCUUGAUGUGGCUCCACUUACCCUUGGUAUUGAGACUGUUGGUGGGGUCAUGACCAAGUUGAUUCCCAGAAACACUGUUAUCCCAACCAAGAAGUCUCAAGUUUUCACCACUUAUCAGGACCAGCAGACCACCGUCUCCAUUCAGGUCUUUGAAGGUGAAAGGAGUCUCACAAAGGAUUGUAGGUUGCUUGGGAAAUUUGAUCUUACUGGAAUUCCUCCUGCUCCAAGGGGAACCCCUCAAAUUGAAGUUACAUUUGAAGUUGAUGCAAAUGGUAUUCUAAAUGUUAAGGCAGAAGAUAAGGGCACUGGUAAAUCAGAGAAGAUCACUAUCACCAACGAUAAGGGUCGACUGAGCCAGGAGGAGAUUGACAGAAUGGUUCGAGAAGCAGAAGAAUUUGCAGAGGAGGACAAGAAGGUGAAGGAAAAAAUUGAUGCUCGCAACAGCUUGGAGACCUAUGUCUACAACAUGAAAAACCAGAUCAAUGACAAGGAUAAGCUCGCUGACAAGCUUGAAUCUGAUGAGAAGGAGAAGAUCGAAACUGCCGUGAAGGAGGCCCUUGAAUGGCUUGAUGACAACCAGAGUGCUGAGAAGGAAGACUACGAGGAGAAGCUCAAGGAGGUUGAGGCUGUAUGCAACCCUAUCAUUACGGCUGUAUACCAAAGAACUGGUGGAGCCCCUGGUGGUGGAUCAACUGAAGAGGAUGAUUCACACGACGAACUCUAAAACCCUCUAAUUAUAUUUGAUUGCUGCUGCUGCUGCUGAACAAACAGGGGUGAGAAAAGAUGAGAGCGUAGGGUAGGUGAGAUGAGGAUACUGUAAUUUUUCUCAUGGUAGAAGUUAUAGGGGGAAAUAUCCCCCUUUCUUCGCUUGCUUUUUGGGUGAAGAGACAUUGCCAUGGAUCUUUUGUUUUCAUUACUUUCUAUUUUGCUCUAUUAUGUCAAAACUCUUUUCUAAUUUCCGUGCUUCUUGAGCCCAGGUGAGUUUUAACUCAGAAAAAUCUUAUGUUUAAAGGAUCCUCGAAAAGAAAAAGCAAUCCGGUAAAAUUUAUGUUUUGUACACUUCAAUUUUUCAACUUUUAUUGUGAAAAUUUAUUGUUUUACACAUCUUUGACAUGUUUCAUUAAAAUCAGUAAAAGAAUAUACAAAAUUGGGUUGAAUUUGGAUAA